GGAAAAGCGAUCCGAGGCUGAAAUAACGGCACGGGGUGGCAUGCACAACACGGGCAGAGAUGCCUUAGUAGCCUCUCCUAAUGGCUGUUGACCAUCGAUGCUAUUAUCCUUCUUGUUGGCCGAUGUUUCAGACCUCCUGGCACUCGCGAACGCAUGCCACCACCAUCUUGGCCAUGUAAGCCAUGGCAGACAUCUCCAAGGCGGUGUGAGACCCCAUCUGAAACAUGACACACAAUUCCCAUGGCCCUAUUCUCGACACCUGGUCCUGGUCGUGGAAGGAGGCGCCUUUCGGUGUGUCACAGCGCUCUGCCCAAGGUGCUGUUGCUCCGUGGGUGUGGGGACUGUGGGUAGGCACAGAGCACUUGUCCGGCGGAAGAGAUCCCUGCGCCUCUCGUCGAGGAUCCCCAUGUCUUCUUGCUGUUAUGCUGUCGUUCACCUGGGGGCGAGGGACGGACGGGCUGGAGAUCUCUGCUCAGAUCCUCGAGUAACGCUGACGAAGAGACUACCCUCGACUUUCUCUACCCUCACCAGGCACCACCCUUGGCUUAUGGGUCGAGAUAUCUCGUCUCCCUGUUAUUGUCUGGCCGUUGCUAGUCCCCGGUGCCGGUCAACAUGACCCUGCCAGAACCGGACUCUCAAGAUCGCGGGUCAUUAGCCGUCGACCUCCCCCGUCGCCGCCAUGGUAUCCGGCAAACAAGCCGAGGGCCCCACCGAUCCCAAGAUGAUCGACUUCUGAAACCGCAGGGCUCCUCGAUGAUGUUCGCUCCCGGCUUCCAUGAUUGGCGGGUCUCU